AUGAGUAUUGAGUUGUUGUCUUUUUAUCAUUCACUUAUAAUUAGUGUAUAGUAAUUAUUUGUUCAUUACUAUCAGUGUGUUUAAUAUUGUAACAUACUAAAUCUACAAUUUUUGUUGACUAUACUAUUAGUUUGUUAACCUAAACUCCAGAAAGUUACAUUUCAAUUAUAUUAUUCGUGCUAGAUUUUUUUCUUCUUUUCUUUACUUAUUCCAAGUGAUUACUGCAAUAAAUGAACUUUUGUUUUUACGUAAGAAGGUAUACUUAUACUUGCGGAAUUAGUAAAAUUGUUUUCAAGUCACGUCUUAAUUUACGAAAAAUUCAAAUCGUUAAUAUGGGAUUACUAACUGAAGGUAGCCCACUUUCAUGGGAUGAAACCAAAGCUUUAGCAGAGCACGUACGGCACCAUGGCGUCGAGCAAUUUAUUAAUCUAUAUAGUAAGCUAAGAGAGCGCACUGGUGAUGUUCUAAAAUGGGGAGAUGAGGUGGAGUAUAUAAUAGUAAAAUUUGAUGAUAUAAACCAACGGGCCACGGUUAGCUUAAGAGCGGAUGAACUUCUUCCUAAACUACAAGAAAAAGAACUGGAGGAUCCACAAAAUGUGAAAUCACUGUGGCGCCCUGAAUAUGGUGCAUAUAUGGUCGAAGGUACUCCAGGCAAGCCAUACGGCGGUCUUUUGGCUCAUUUUAAUAUAGUCGAAGCUAAUAUGAGAUAUCGUAGAAUGGAAGCAAGUACCCUAUUAAAAGAGGGUGAGGUUAUAAUGAGUAUCACAAAUUUCCCAAGGCUUGGCUGCCCAAAUUUUACAAGUCCGCCAUAUUCGCCCACGCCAGACAGAGGCGUAACGAUGUCGCACUUUUUCCCAGAUGAAGGUAUAUUCUCCGGCCAUCCUCGUUUCAAAACUCUAACUUCAAACAUUCGUGAGAGAAGACAAGAAAAAGUUUCCAUUAAUAUUCCAAUUUAUCGUGAUGUAAAUACGAAAAUCCCAGUAGACGAUUCUCAUAAACUAGAGCCCGGAGCGGCUCAGCCAGACUCCAUAUACAUGGACGCUAUGGGUUUCGGUAUGGGCUGUUGCUGCCUCCAACUUACAUUCCAGGCGUGUUGCAUUACUGAGGCUCGCACGCUCUACGAUCAACUCGCGCCACUAUGUCCAAUCAUGCUCGCUCUAUCGGCCGCGUCGCCCAUCUACCGCGGUUUUCUCUCCGACGCGGACUGUCGCUGGAACGUGAUCUCGGCCUCCGUGGACUGCCGCACGCGCGAGGAGCGCGGCCUCGAGCCUCUCAAGAACAACAAAUUCCGCAUACAGAAGUCGAGAUACGACUCGAUUGAUUCCUAUCUAUCUCCAGACCAUGAAAAGUACAACGACAUUCCGAUAGUGCACGACGCGGCCAUCUACCGCCACCUGCGCGAGGGCGGCAUCGACCACCCGCUGGCCUUGCACGUGGCGCACCUCUUCAUACGGGACACCGUCUCGCUCUUUACGGAGAAAGUGCACCAGGACGACGAGAACGAUACCGAUCACUUCGAGAAUAUCCAGUCUACGAACUGGCAGACAAUGCGGUUCAAACCGCCGCCUCCGAACUCUCCCAUAGGCUGGCGCGUCGAGUUCCGCCCGUGCGAGGCGCAACUCACGGACUUUGAAAACGCGGCUUACGUCUGCUUCGUCGUGCUGCUAACCCGAGUUAUUCUAUCGUAUAACCUCAACUUCGUCAUGCCGAUCAGUAAGGUGGACGAGAACAUGCAGCGCGCACAGCGGCGCGGCGCGUGCAGCGAGCAGCGCUUCUGGUGGCGCCGCGACGUCGGCGCGCCGCGCACCGUGGCGCCCGCCGCGCCCGCCGCGCCCGCCGCGCCCGCCGCGCCCGCCGCGCCCGCCGCGCCCGCCGCGCCCGCCGCGCCCGCCGACUGCGACCACUACCUCGAGAUGACCGUCGAUGAGAUCGUCAACGGAAAGGAAGGUGUGUUCCCGGGCCUGAUCCCGUUGAUCGAGUCGUACCUGUCGGGCAUGGACGUGGACGCGGACACGCACUGCUCGGUGCAGCAGUACCUCAAGCUGAUCCAGCGCCGCGCCGCCGGGGAGAUACACACCAUGGCCACCUGGAUGCGAAACUUCGUCACCAACCACCCCGAAUACAAAAAAGAUUCAGUCGUGACCGAAAAAAUAAAUUAUGAUCUGCUUAAAACCGCUCACGGCAUCCAGACGGGCUCGAUCUCCGCACCCACGCUGCUGGGCGGCAGCACCGCCUCCAAGACCAACGAAGACAUUCCCAACGCAUUUAGGAGGAUGUUGAGCAAGGACUGCUCCUAACCGCCUCCCUUGCCUCCAUGAGUGCCUUGAGCUCUUGACGCGCAUAUUUAUUGCCUGUGUUCUUGUUAUAGUAGGUUUGCCUUACAUAGUUUAUGAUUUAGUAUGGGUGACUGUACACCGAACAUUUAGCAGGUUACAACAAACAAAAAAUAUUUCGCUACAUGUGUGUCUUAUUAUUUAUAUUAUGUGCAUUAUUGCGAAAUAAAAUUAUGGUAUGGAUCAUUUAUAUUACUUAACAUUGCUUGAUAUUAUAUUGCAGUGCAAACACGAUUAAUUUAAUAAUUACUGUUUUCGUGUAAAGCGUCCGGCGAACAGUCACUCAAAUUAUAUAUAAAUGAAACUUUUUGACUUUUUACCGUAUUAUAAUCGGGCCGCCAUAUAAACAUUCUUAUAAAUGUUAUAUGUGAAAUAUAAAGUCAUCCGUCUUAUACAUAAUGAAUUUCACAAAAUGUCUUUAUACUAAGGAUAUAUCACAUUUUUGUUAAGGGCUAGUUCUAUUUUUGAAGAUUUUUCUAACCAUUCCAAAAUCAAAAUUUAAAAAUCUGUUUAAUAAAAACUUAAUUAUCAUUAAAAAUCUCCAUAAAUAUUACUAUUUCAUAGAAUAGUGUUUAAUUUUGAAAUAUUACGAAAAGGUAUUUAAUUUUUGUUCAUGCAUUAUAUUUAUAUACUCCAUAUAUUCCUAGUAUUCUCACAAUAAUGUUUCGUCUUUAAAUAUAUUAUGUUCUUAUAAUAAAAACAUAAAAUCUAGUAUCACCUCUUAAGUGAUUACAAACGUACGUUAAUUGUAUAAUAAAAUAGUUAUAAUAUUAUAACAUUAAAAACACGAUCAGACGUGUAAACAUACCAAUCUUGUUAUGGCGGCUCUGUUAUAUGUGUAUUAUUUUGUGACGGAUAAUAAAUUGGGUUGUAUAGUUUAUAUAUAAAUAUUAAGAAAUUGUGAUGAAUAACAUUCUUAAUCGAAAUAGACAGACAUUUUAAUUAUAAAACGACUGAGAUCCCGUCGCGACAAUUCCAAUACAUAAUGUUGGAUGCAAUAUGGUUGGGGUCGAAGGAAUGAAGGUAAAAUGUACAAAAUUAUUAGUAAUUUCGUUUAAAACAUUUGAUUUAGUGAUGAUAAUGCUUUGUGCAGACUGGUUUAAAGAAUUGACAAUAUUCAAUGACCAUGUCGAGAGCGUUAGUGACAACUUACCAUCCGGUGGCUUAUUUGAUUGUCUGUCUCUAUUUUAUAAAUAAAUUAAAAUGGUGCGAGGCUCGAGUAAUUUAUUUCUUAGGUCAUUUAUAUGUAAGAAUUGUAAGAUCAUACUAACAUACUCAGAAGUGGACAAAGACAUUAUAAGGAUUUUUACCUGUAUCUCCAAAGACGUGUUGUCCCGUGCCUUUGGUGUAUCUUAUUUUUUAAUGUGCCUGCAUGUUUAUUACCAGACAGCAUCACAAUCUACAUUUCAGUAUUUAAAAAUGAUAGAGAUAUGGCAUUUAUUUGUAAUAUAACUAUUGGUUUACAUUUGACAUCGUAGAGUCCAGAUGACUUCUCAAUGACUCGGAAUGUGUGCCAGUUGACUUCCUUAAAAGGGCUGUUAAUUGUCUUACACACAAUAAGGUUAAUGAUCUUGUAAUGUUACUUUGAAUGGAUGUCUGCCGUUUUUGGAUCUAAAUAGGUAUGUUAACAAUGUUCCUAAGAAAGAACUUGUAAGUAUUAGUAUCAUGCUGCUGUGAAUUUAUUAUUGCAACCCACUAUUUCAAAAUUAACCUUUUAUGCAUUUAAAUUACAUAAAGCAAGUUUUUAGAUUAUAUUGUUAUAUUUUAAAUUUACCCGGUUAUCACUUAUACUUUUGCCUGUUUAAUAAUUAUGAAAAAAGAUAAGUUUUUUUUUUUUUAUACCGAAAUUUCACGAAUCUUCGAUAACUUGGUAUAAUUUCGAAUUGAUAAAGAAUAUCAUUUAUUACUUUUAUUUAUUUAUGUACUAAUUAUGAUUAAGCAAUUAUUAAUUUAAAUAUUUUUAUUUCAUAUUGCAUUCUAUUUAUCGAUUUUAAAAUUUUGUUCCUUAAAAUAUAAUAACUAAGUUGAAAUAGAUUCAACAAAUCUUAGAUUUAAUUAUGUGAAUAAAUUAAUAAUUUUAAUAUUUUACGUAAUUUUUAUUACUGAUCAAGGUUCUUAAAGAAAAGUAUUUUUUUAAGAUAGGACAUAUGCUGCUUAUCGUGUGUAGGUUUGCGGGCUACUUAACAUUUCGACUAUACAGUAUAGGCCCAGUUGGGUGGGACAAAUAUAUACACUAAAUUGCAAAAACUCCUUCAGAAGUUUUACCCCUACAUUAAAAUUAUUCAAUAUUUUAAAGUUAUUAAAUAAUUAUAAUUUGUUUUUAUUUUUUACGAUUGAAAAUAGAUAUCGCACGGUACAAGUGUAAGGACUUACUUUGUGUUAAAUAAAGUUUGUUUUAGGCAAACUAAGUCCAAGCCCAUUUUUUUAUUUUUGUGUGAAUUAAAAAUUCUGAAGGAAGAUUUAUAUUGUGAAAUAACCAAUUCGACUUCUGGAAGAUGAGGAUGUAUUUUAUUUGAAACACAUUUGUUGUCAACAAAUUACUUUCAAAUUUGAUGUUGUAUGAAGAAGUGAUUGAAUAUACAAACCAGGUUUAUGUAAGAACAAACUCUAAACACGAUCGUGAAAUGUCAGAAAGUGGUAUACGAUUGACUUAGUAUUAACAUUCAAAUGAUACACGUAUCAAUAUAUCCUAGCACCGUAAGUCGGUUUUCAACAUUUCACGAGUGAAAGACAAAAUGAGUUCUUGUAUUAUAAUUAUAAGUUAAUUCACGUUAAUGCUUGACCACUUGUUUUCUAUAGUAGUUUUUCGAAUUAACGAAGAUAUACUUAAGAUUAGUCUGGGGGAUAGAGGUAUUAAUAAUAUCGAAUUUGUUGACUGUGCCGUGUGUAUACGUGGUCUUGAGGCUCGCGUCACCGGCGAGGAGAUGCGCCUCGCUAUUGUGAUACAUGUGACUGUUCGGUGAGCCACAUAUGUGCAUUUUUGUAAUUUUAGAACGGAAAAUGUGUAAACUAUAAUUUUAUUUAUGCACAUUUAUGUAUUUUAUUCACUGUUACCGAUAUUUUAUUAGUGUAUGUCCACAUAAAAUACAAAUAUUUUAAUGUUUA